AGUCUCUACCCUCUUCUUUCUCUAUCUGCACUACAUCACACAGUUGCACUGCCACCACAACCAACAUGACUACACACACAGAGCAACCUGCCGCGAUCACUUCCGACGGCGCCCCAACAACAGGCCCUGAGAUCAACAACAUGCCUGAGAGUGACCGUGGUCUCCGAUACACCUCAGAGGAACUGACAAAGCUCAGACCAGCCCCGAUGUCUCCAACGGGAUCUCCCCAGCCUGGUGACCAAGAUGAAGUUGAAGCUGUUGCCCGUGCCAAAACCUCGGAAAAUAUCACAGUUCCUGAUACCAAGGCUGGAGUUGAACAGCGCCUGGAAUUGACUGGAGAAUCUACAGCUAUUGCUGACAAAGAUGAAGAUAACCACGGACUUGACCAAAUGACCAAAAAGAGACCAAGCAUUGCAGAAGGGAUGGAGGACAAGAAUGGAGAGGCUGCAUGGGCCACCGAAUCCCAAGUUGCUGCCCCAAGUGUUGGUGCUCCAGAGGUAGUGGGAGCAAAAAAGAAGAAGAAGAAGAGCAGUGGGAAGAAGAAGAAGCCAAACCCAACAGGCUUCGAAGAGUUCUACGCCGACCCUCCCAUCGCACCGGAGGAUCAUAAGGAGGAAGUCGAGCAGUUAUACUACUUUGCUCGUCCAUUUGCAGAGCGAAUUGAGACGUGCAUUCAGCGCUACCGCGCCAGGCGCAAGCUCGAUGAAGAGCGUGCGAACAUAUUCAACAAAUACUUGUCUUUCGGUGGCAUCGACACCACGAUCAAGGCAUUCACUGGAGGGGUGGACAAUGAGGCACUGGAAGAAUUCGAUGGUCCCACGAUCGCUGAUAUCAACGCCACCGAUGUCAUGUUCGGCGGCGACGAGGCAGGAAGUAAAUUCUACGAUCCUUGCGCGCCACAAAACUGGGUGGUAGAUUUCGAGGGCAUCGCCAAAGCGUUUCUAUCCUCCAGGGCUCCAUACAACUUCGGCAUGCACAACCAGAGCCUGAUCAACAAUUACUGCAAUGUAGUCAAGAACUUUCUCAACUACAUCCUCAUGCACGGGGUCUGCCCAGAGUACACUAAAUCCAUCAUCGCCGCCCAGAAGAUCUGUGACCUCGCCAAGUCCGAGCUCCCAGCUAUCCAUGACAUCGGCUCCUCCUUCCCAGGGAACUUUCACAAGGCCCUCUCCAUCAUGUGCCAUGGUUACUCCAGGCUCCUAUACAUCGACCCGGCCACGAUCUCUGACCACCCAGCCGACGCAGACCCGAACCAAUACAUGUCGGUCGACCACGCGCACCGCACCUUCCGCGCAGCAAUGGCUCUGAUGGGCACAGCCGAGCAGUUUGAAGCCAUUGCCGCCAUGAGCCUCGAGGAGUACCAAGCCCCGGCCGUUGUCGCCGAGGAGCUCCGAGGCUUCGAAGUUGUGAACAUUACCCUGCCUGACGAGACGCUCAUCAAGAGCUUUGCUGGCAUUCGGGCCGCAGAUGGUCGCACUGGCACCAUCAAACCCCUCGGCCUUCUCACCUGCAAGCCUUGGACGCAUCCCUACCAGCCUACGCUUGACCUCACCAUUGAAGAGGAGCAGGGGCUAGCGGAGAACACGUUAGUGUAUGGCGACGAGACGUUCUGGGUAGACGAAGACAUCCUGGAGCACUGCUUUGCGGGUAUGAAGUUUGUGGGCGUGGUGAGGGAGCUGGAUUUGGGGUUGAAGUAUCUGGACAAUGUUAUUGUCAUUUACGCAAGCUUCUACACGUUUGUGGAGAAUGAGCGCAUGGUGAAUUGGAAGGCGCCGAAGGAGAAUGAGAGAUUGCCGCCUUCUUGUGAGGAUGCCGAGGUGGUGGAUGCGGAGGGGGAGGGAGAAGGGGAUCGGCUUGAGGAGUAG